AGUGGGAGGCCGUUUUGGUGGUUACUCUUUUCGUUUUCCAUUGAUGCAAGUCAAAACCAUUUUGUCCAAAUCCAAAAGCUUAUUUUUUGUUCUAGUGGAAGUACAAUACACGUUUUGUUGGGAUGAGAAGCAGGUAAUGUUCAAAGGAAACAAAAGACACAGUAGAGUUUGCUUUUCUUUCAUUGUGAUGUAGUAACUUCCAAUGCAUACCUUAACAGCAGUAUCUAUCUGAGCAUUUGAUAAUAGUUCAUCAUAAGAAAUAAGAAUGGAGCUGAAAAAAGAGAAGCUAGUCAGGUUCUCCAAUAAUGAAAAACAGAAUCUUGAGUCUUCUUGGGAAAAGCCAUUCCAAGUCUACAUGAAUCCGGAAUGCAAAAUUGGUAGUGGUGAUAAGAGCAAAAUGAAUGUUAGAAACCUCACAUUUGGAAAAUUUAAGGUUUUCCCAGAAAAUCUUGAGCCAUGGAAGAAGAGGAUUCUUGAUCCUGGUAGUGAUGUCUAUUUGGAGUGGAACAGAGCUUUCCUAUGUUCUUGCAUGCUAGCUUUGUUUGUUGAUCCCCUGUUUUUCUACCUCCCCUCAGUAGCAAAUAAUGGGAAUUCUACAUGUAUGGCUACUGAUUUGAACAUAGGAAUUGUUGUGACAUGUUUCAGAACAUUUGCUGAUGUUUUCUACCUGCUGAACAUGGUGAUCAAGUUCAGGACUGCCUAUGUGGCACCAAGUUCAAGGGUUUUUGGGAGGGGAGAGCUUGUUAUGGAUCCAAAGUUGAUUGCUACAAGGUAUUUGAGAUCAGAGUUCUUCUUAGAUCUUGUAGCUACACUGCCUCUUCCUCAGAUGGUGAUUUGGUUUAUCAUGCCAGCAAUUAGAAGAAGCUCCCAUGCUGAUCAUACCAACAAUGCUCUUGUACUCAUUGUUCUGCUUCAAUAUGUCCCCAGAUUAUAUUUGACUUUCCCAUUAAGUUCUCAGAUUAUUAAAGCAACUGGUGUAGUUACAAAGACAGCUUGGGCUGGAGCUGCUUACAAUCUCUUACUUUACAUGUUGGCUAGUCAUGUCUUGGGGGCAUCAUGGUACUUGUUGUCAAUUGAAAGGCAUGCUAGUUGCUGGAAAUCUGAAUGCAGAAAUGAAAGGCUACCAGUAAAAUGUGUCCUUCAGUACUUGGAUUGCAGUACUUUAGAUCAUGGUGAUCGCAUGAAGUGGGCAAAUACCACUUCUGUGUUUGGUAACUGCAAUCCAGAAAAUAGCACAAAUUUCAACUAUGGAGUCUUUGCCAAUGCAAUACAAAAUAAUGUUAUCUCCUCCACAUUUACUGAGAAGUACCUCUAUUGUCUGUGGUGGGGCUUGCAGAAUUUGAGUUCUUAUGGCCAGGGUUUGACUCCAAGCACAUUCGUUUGGGAAACUGCAUUUGCAAUACUCAUAGCUAUUCUGGGCCUGGUAUUGUUUGCCCACUUAAUUGGCAACAUGCAGACAUAUUUGCAAUCUAUUACUGUGAGGCUUGAAGAGUGGAGACUGAAGCGACGUGACACUGAAGAGUGGAUGAGCCAUCGGCAGCUCCCACCACAUCUCAGAGAGCGUGUGAGGAGAUUUGUUCAGUACAAGUGGCUUGCAACUCGUGGGGUUGAUGAAGAAACCAUCGUAAGAGGCCUUCCUCUAGAUCUCAGAAGAGACAUCCAACGUCACCUUUGCUUAGACCUUGUGAGACGUGUUCCCUUCUUUUCCCAAAUGGAUGCUCAGCUACUUGAUGCAAUAUGUGAGAGAUUGGUAUCAUCCUUGAGUACUCAAGGCACAUACAUAGUCAGAGAAGGAGAUCCAGCUACAGAGAUGCUUUUUAUCAUUAGAGGGAAACUUGAAAGCUCAACUACAAAUGGAGGUAGAACUGGUUUCUUCAACUCAAUUACCUUAAGACCUGGUGAUUUCUGUGGAGAAGAGCUACUAGCUUGGGCAUUGCUUCCAAAAUCCACUCUCAACUUGCCUUCUUCUACAAGAACAGUUAAAGCCCUUGUAGAAGUGGAAGCCUUUGCAUUAAGAGCAGAAGAUCUUAAAUUUGUGGCCAACCAGUUUCGACGUCUCCACAGCAAGAAAUUGCAGCAUACCUUCCGUUUCUACUCUCAUCAUUGGAGGACAUGGGCUUCUUGCUUCAUUCAAGCUGCAUGGCGCCGGUACAAGAAGAGAGUGUUGGCGAAAACUCUUAGCCGGAGGGAAUCCCAGUAUUUCAUUGAUGGUGAACAAGUAAGGGAAGAAGAGCAUAGUGUUGUGAGUUCAAACACUGCGCAAGUAAAACAGAACCUUGGUGUUACUAUACUGGCUUCAAGAUUUGCUGCUAACACAAGAAAAGGGGUUCAGAAGAUCAAGGAUGUGGGGAUGCCUAAGUUGCAAAAGCCUGAAGAGCCAGACUUCUCAGUAGAGCAUGAUGAUGACUGAAUCCAUACCAUCUUCAUGAGUGUAAAGUAUUGUUCCUCAUUCAAAUAAUAUGUGUGCAUUAGUUGUUUGUUGGUGGAGAAGCUUUGUUUGGGCUACAUCUCUCAUAGUGUUUUUGGAUAAGCUUCUCUUUCAUCAUAAUUAAUUGCAGAAGUGUUUCAAAACAUGCAAUUAGUCUAUACUUAUCCAGAUUAUUUCGCUGAGUUGUGAUCCAUUCCCAGUCAGCACAGUUGAUGGCUAUAGGCAUCAACUUUGUGCUAGAAGUUGCUUUUGUUUGUGUUUUGAGCUCAUACAUCUUUACCAAGUGAUUUUCAUCUUGUAUAUUAGACUUUCUUGACAUGCCAACUGUAUAUUACACUACACUGUUUAUGGCAUAUUGUCCUAUUAGUUCCU